CCUACACCCUGGGAAUAAGGACUGAGUCAGCUGCUGAGAUUCAAAAGAAUGACUACUGAGGUCUCCUUGCAGUCUGUGUUGCCAUGAUCCCUUGGCUAUGGAUGACCAGAACUUGACAUCGAUACUCUUUGGAUUUCAUACGUGUGGAGACAUUCCUACUUUGUGAUCCUGACUGAAUUUUGAACAGUGCCCAACCCAAGUUCAAAGGCUGUUGAGAGAAAAACUCAGGAGGCGAUUUUACACUAGGGAAAGUUGUUCAGUGGAUGAGAUCUGGUGGACGGGGAAAGAUGUCCGGCUCUUUCUGGUUCCUGCUCAAUCUUGUUGCUGUAACUACUGCUCAGUUCAACCUCGAGGAACAGGCCAAGACAUUUUUGGAUGAGUUUAAUCUGAAAGCUGAAGACCUGUAUUAUCAAAGUUCACUUGCUUCUUGGAAUUAUAACACCAAUAUUACUGAUGAAAAUGUCCAAAAGAUGAGUGAGGCUGGGGGCAUUUUGUCUGCCUUUUAUGAAGAACAGUCAAACCUUGCCAAAGCAUAUCCAUUGCAAGACAUCCAGAAUCUCACAGUCAAGCGUCAGUUGCGGAUCCUUCAGCAGAGUGGAUCUUCAGGGUUUUCUGCAGACAAGAACAAACAGUUGAGCACAAUUCUGAACACAAUGAGCACCCUCUAUAGUACUGGAAAAGUUUGUUACCCGAGUGAUCCACAGGAGUGCUUACUGCUUGAACCAGGUUUGGCUGACAUAAUGUCAAAGAGCACAGACUACAAUCUGAGGCUCUGGGCUUGGGAAGGCUGGAGGUCUAAGGUUGGCAAGCAGCUAAGGCCGUUGUAUGAAGAGUACGUGGCCCUGAAGAAUGAGAUGGCAAGAGCAAACAAGUAUGAGGACUAUGGAGAUUACUGGAGAAGAGAUUAUGAAGUAGAAGACAUGGAUGGCUACAACUAUAGCCGUAACCAGUUGAUUGAAGAUGUGGAGCGUACCUUUGCUGAGAUUAAACCAUUAUAUGAACAACUCCAUGCCUAUGUGAGAACCAAGUUGAUGGAAACCUACCCUUCCCGUAUCAGUCCGGUUGGAUGCCUCCCUGCUCAUUUGCUGGGUGAUAUGUGGGGUAGAUUUUGGACAGAACUAUACUCCUUGACAGUACCUUUUCAACAGAAACCAAACAUAGAUGUUACUGAUGCAAUGGAGAGCCAGUCCUGGGAUGCAGAGAAGAUAUUCAAAGAGGCUGAGAAGUUCUUUGUAUCUGUUGGUCUUCCUCCUAUGACUCAAGGAUUCUGGAAAAACUCCAUGCUAACUGAGCCAGGAGAUGGUCAGAAAGUGGUCUGCCACCCCACAGCUUGGGACAUGGGGAAGAACGACUUCAGAAUCAAGAUGUGCACAAAGGUGACAAUGGACCACUUCUUGACAGCCCACCAUGAGAUGGGACACAUUCAGUAUGAUAUGGCAUAUGCCAUUCAACCAUUCCUGCUAAGAGAUGGAGCUAAUGAAGGGUUUCAUGAAGCUAUUGGGGAAAUAAUGUCACUUUCUGCAGCUACACCUGAGCAUCUGAAGUCCAUUGGUCUACUGCCACCUGAUUUUCAUGAAGACAAUGAAACAGAAAUAAACUUCCUACUUAAACAAGCACUCACGAUUGUUGGAACUUUGCCCUUCACUUACAUGCUAGAGAAGUGGAGGUGGAUGGUCUUCAGGGGUGAAAUUCCCAAAGAGCAGUGGAUGAAAAAGUGGUGGGAGAUGAAGCGAGAGAUAGUUGGAGUGGUGGAACCUUUGCCUCAUGAUGAGACAUACUGUGACCCUGCGUCUCUGUUUCAUGUUUCUAAUGAUUACUCAUUCAUCCGGUAUUACACAAGGACCAUCUACCAAUUUCAGUUUCAGGAAGCCCUUUGUAAAGCAGCGAACCAUGUAGGCCCCCUGCACAAAUGUGAUAUCUCAAACUCCACCGAAGCUGGGCAGAAGUUGCUCAAUAUGCUGAAACUUGGAAAAUCAGAACCUUGGACCUUAGCAUUGGAAAGUAUUGUAGGAACAAAGAAUAUGGAUGUAAAACCGCUGCUUAACUACUUUCAGCCCUUGUCUACCUGGCUGCAAGACCAAAACAGGAAUUCUUUUGUGGGGUGGAACACUGAGUGGAGUCCGUAUUCUGAAGAAAGCAUCAAAGUGAGGAUAAGCCUAAAAUCAGCUCUUGGAGAGGAUGCAUACAAAUGGGAUGAUAAUGAAAUGUACUUGUUCCGAUCAUCAGUUGCAUAUGCCAUGAGAAAGUAUUUUUUGGAUGUGAAAAAUCAGACGGUUCUUUUUAGCUGGGAAGAUGUACGGGUGAGUGAUUGGACACACAGAGUCUCCUUCACCUUCUUUGUCACUGAACCUAAUAAUGUAUCUAACAUCAUUCCUAAGACUGAAGUUGAAGAUGCUAUCAGGCUGUCCCGGAGUCGUAUCAAUGACGUUUUUCGCCUGGAUGAUAACACUCUGGAGUUUCUGGGGAUUUAUCCGACACUUAGUCCUCCUUACGAGCCACCUGUCACCAUAUGGCUGAUUGUUUUUGGUGUUGUGAUGGGAUUGGUAGUGGUUGGCAUUGUCGUCCUAGUCAUCACUGGGAUCAGAGAUCGAAGGAAGAAAAAGCAGAAACAAAGAGAAGAAAACCCUUACUCUUCUGUGGACAUUGGUAAAGGAGAAAAUAAUACAGCAUUCCAAAACAGUGAGGAUAAUCAGACUUCAUUUUAGAAAAAUCUGUAUUUUUCCUCUUAAGGUGAUUUUUACUAUAAGACAUGUUAGUUUCACAGUAUAGAAAAUGUGUUAUGAGGGUGUCAUUAAAUAUCAAAACUAUGGCUGUGCUCAGGAAAAGUUGACCAAAGACACUGUGACUGGGGAGUGGGCAUCUUUAUUGAUGUGGCUUUCAGUAUUUAUUUCUGCCUCAGGACUUGAUUUCUCUUCUAGUUCCUCAUGUUUGUAUUAGAAUAAAGUAGAGAUUAUAUGUCUUUGGCCUCACAGGCUGCCCAGGGAUAGUGGACAUACAGUCUAUUGAAUAACUAGAGUUGGAAAGCAAAAAGGAUACAUCACUAUGUUAUGAGAACAAUAAUUGGGGCUUGUAUAAAAUCUGUGCUGGCAAACUGUUGGAGCUACAUAGAUUAAGAUGGGACCCACUAUUCACUUUUAUUUAAUUCAAUUGAGAAGGAUGAAGGAGGACAUGUUUUAUUUACAUCAACUCUGUUCAAGCUCUAUAGUAAUUUGCCCACAGUGAUGUUUGAAUGGACCAUGGCUACUUCAGGGUGGCAGGGCUACAGAAAGAAAAAGGAGAAUCCAAAGUGUGGAUAGGGGACGCUGCCUUUUCACUUUCAAGCUGCUCGGUCAACAUCUUCCUGACAACACAACGCUAGCACAGGACCUCCAUGAAUCCCCAGAACAUGCCUGAAGGAAACUGGCUUUCAUUAUUCCCUAAACAUAGAGUCAUUGAAAUUCCAACUGAAUAUUUCCCCUCUGAUGUGAACACUCAAUCUCUUAAAUCUUUUAUAUUCUCCCAUAGUGUCUGAGUAGUGCUGAGCACAAAGCAUGCACUCAAUAAAUACACACUCCUGUGGUAUUCUGCAUAUCUGCGUACUGGGGCUCCUACACAUUCUGUCUUCUCUUCAUUUCCUUAGACAAAACUGUCACCUGACUGUCAGGAACCUUUGACCACCAGAUGACUUAUGAUGUAUCCUAAAUCCUCAAAUUGCCUUCUUAGACAAGCAAUUGUAAAAUCAGUUAAAAAAGAAUUGUGUUCAGAGUGUAUACAUCCCCAAAUUAGGAGCCAAACCUAGUACCCCAGUACUGCUUUUAUAUUUUUCAGUCCUCAGCCUAGUUCUGAGUACCAUAUGCACUGCAUACUUGGAGACUGAUUAAAACUACGUUAAAUAGAUUAACAUGUCCAAACUUUACCCAUUAAGUCAUACUAUAUAUUGACCAAAAUAAUGUAACAGUGACUUUACCCUUAAUAAAUUCAAUGUGAUAAUGAUAAUGGUGGAUCAAUUAGUUAGGUCAGGGGAGGAUGACUUUCAGAAAACUCUAUAAAAUAGCCUCAAAUCAAAUGAGGCUGGGUCAUUUGAGGUUCUUCAGCAUGUUUUAAUUGUCUGGUACUCAGGUAGCAAUGACAGAACUCUUUGUUUUUGCCUUGGACCCAUGCCUUUCCACUCAAGCUUCCUUAAUCCACCUGUCUCGCCAUCUUGCCAUUCAUUGGGCCCAUAGCUUGGAGGAACAUACAAUAGCAGUUUCUCCUCAUUUGAGUAUCCAUUUCAUUGACAACAAUGCCUAGCUGUAACAAAGAAAUUAGGAAAACCUGUUCAUUUCCUGAUUUAAUCUUACAGGUUUUUAAACACAGUCCUCAUUUUGCCUACCAGGUAGGGCUUGCGGUUCUUCACUAAUGCAAUGACAUCCUCUGAGGGAUGGAAACUCUACAAAGAGGGUCCAGUACCCAGGCCAACGCGAGAGUUGGCAAACUAUGACCCAUGGGCCAAAUCCUGCUCAUUACCUGUUUUCGUAUGAACUAUGAAUUCGCCAUGAUUUUUGUAAUUUUCAAUGAUUGGGGAAGAAAACAGAAUAAUAUUUAGGACAUAUGAAAAUGAUAUGAAAUUCAAAUUUCAGUGCCUAUUGGAACCCAACCACAGUCAUUCAUUUUCAUAUUGUCUAGGGCUGCUUUCCUGCUACCAAGUACAGCUGAGUGGUUGAUAGAGAGGUGGUAUGGCCCACAAAGUCUUUUACAGGCUAACUUUGCUGAGCUCUGGGCUAUAAGGAACCAAGGAUGAAAUGAAACUAGAAAUGUAGGAGACCCAUGUGGAGCUUAGAGACCUGAGAGACAUUUAUUUAUGGAAUCUGAAGCUAUUCUCUGAGUGUUUCCUUCCUGAGAAUUUAACGGUUUUUAUGGAGUUGAGUUGGCACAGGAAGUAAUCAGGCUAGAAAGGGAAGGUUCUGCCUUCUUCAUCCGUGAUGUCCCUCGAUGAAUUUUUCUUCAUUUGAGAUUCACCCCUUGCCUAUUUAGGUAAUGAUAGGGCCUGUGAUCCAAUCUCUCUUCCUUAUAUACCUACUCCCAAGUCAGAAUAAAAACUAAGAAACUCUGCUUUCCAUAUCUAUUAUGUUGAAACCUUUGUCUUGAUUAACUCAAGUUAAUAUGAUAUGAGUUUUGCUGGACUUCAUGUUUGACUUUUGAAUUUAACCUGGUAAAUGCUUUACGUGAAGUUGCUCUUGGACUUGUCCUUUGGGAAAUUUCUUAUCAUAAGUCUGCCUUUCUCUUCACUCCUUAGAAAGUAUAAGCAGACUCUUGAUUUAAAGUUAUAACAAUAGGGGCUGGAGAUUUAGCUCAGUGGCAUAAGCGCCUAAGCAGGCAGUCCUGAGUUCGAUCCCCGGUACCGAUAAAAAGACAAAAAAAAAAAAAAAACACAUAAAGUUAUAACAAUAAAUGUGCAUAUCACCAUAAAGCACAGCUGAAACACAUUUUAAAAAUUGUUAUGAAUGUUUUAAAAUAGUAUGAACAUUCUUCCUCAUUUGGCUCCUCCUGACAUCAGAGGACUUAUUUUCUGAUAAACCUCUCACAGCAUCUUAAAUUCUUGCUUGACUUAAUUGCUGGAACCAGGCUUCUAAGCAAGGCUUUGGCUUUUUAAAAAUUUCUCUGCAUCAUUAUUUUUAUCUUUCAUCUUUUUUAAAAUUAAGGCUUAGGUUUCUUUUCCCAGCAAAUAAUCCUGUGUUAUUUGAAUUUUUGCAAUAAGCAUGUAUUACUUUUGUUAUAAAGCAGAUUUUUUUCAAAUAUCAAACAUACAAAAAUAAAAGGAAGAAAGGAAACAACCUUGAAGAAGGAGGUCAGAAAGAAAGGUCAGCAUGAUGUGGUACAGGUUCUUGCUGGACAACAUCUGAGCGAGUAGAAAGCCUGAUGCCCCACCUGAGGGUAGGCCAUUGAGAAGGAAGGUUUGUGUAAUUUGUGUUUUCAUUUCCCUUGGGGGGGGGGACCUGGCACCUAGAAAAUACUAAACAAAUCAUUGGAUGGAUGUAUACAAAUACUCUAUUGAUUAUUUUCAAAGUUACAUUUCAAUGUACCCCAAGUUUAUAUACCUCUCUGAAAAGUAGAAGACUAAUAUCUCAUGCUAAUUUUCUUUGAAAUGAAAGAAUUUUUAAGUGUCAGGAAAUAAGAAAGAGGGAACAUUCGAGCUAUCAGAUAGGAGAAAGAGUGAGUGGGAAGAAAAAGGGUCUAACUAUCUCUUAGGGCGAGUUAUUUACUUUUAUCUGAAAAUAGCAGUAGGGGUGCUGUUAUUAUAAUAGUGCCCUCUGCACAAACUUUCCCUUUCCCUUACUGACAUCGUGGAAAAGACAAUGAAAUGUUCUGAGAUAAAACCUAUGGGUCAGCAGAAGGUCAUGAAGGAGCACAUUCCCAGGAAGAAUUUAAAACUAAAAUACCUUUUAAAAAUAGUUAUGAGAAGCUAAAUCAGUACUUCUGUAUCUUUAAAAUAAAAGACUGAAACAGAAAUUUGGCUGACACAUGAGCCUGAAGCCCCAGAGCCCCAAACUCAAAAAUUUAGAAUGAGACCAUCUUUAAUCUUAGAAAUAAGACCAUGGUUACACUGAGUUGUGACUGAUUAUGGGUAAGUUGAAAGUUAAGGUAAAAGGUAUCAAAAUUCUAUGUCAGCAUAUUGUUGUAAUAAAUUCAUCAGAUCUUUCAUCACUGUAAUUAUUAACACAUAUUAAUUGUUUAAAUUCAUGAGUUUCACUACUUACCAGAUGAUAACCAUGACUAUGUUAUUUCUUUGUUGUCAUAGUUUUAGUUUACUCUCAUGUUCCCCUUAAAGUACUUGUGUUCAGCUAUGGGCCAGAAUACUUUGUCUUCAAUAAAAACAGACUUUCAGAGUGUCACGCAGCUACCCGGGAACACAAACCUCUGAGGAACUGUUUGAAUAACUUAAGACCAUCUUGCUGUACUAAAUCAAGAUUGCCAGAAACCUAGUGAAGAAGUUGAUUCAUGAAAUUGCUGAAUCGAAAUCUGCAUAAUUUUAUUAUGUUUUCCAAGAAGUAAAUUUAAGUAAAUGAGCUAAAUUUGA